AUGACAGGACCUAUGGUUGAACUAUAUGAGAAAUAUUGGUAUGAUCAUUCAAUGAUUCUAUCUUUUGAUGUUUUACUUGAUCCUCGAUAUAAAUUACAACCUCUGAAGGAGUUGUACAAUAUUCUUUAUAUAGAGGACAAGGUUCAACGGGAGCUGCCGCAUCCAGCAAGCAAGAGUAGCAACCACAGGAGAGGAAGAAUGUCUCACAGGAAAUUUGAGAACCCAAGGCAUGGUUCCCUUGGAUUCCUUCCAAGGAAGCGAGCUUCUCGCCAGAGAGGAAAAGUGAAGGCAUUCCCAAAGGAUGACCCCAGCAAACCUUGCAAGCUCACUGCCUUUUUGGGGUACAAGGCUGGUAUGACUCACAUUGUCAGAGAGGUCGAAAAACCUGGAUCUAAGCUCCACAAGAAGGAGACAUGUGAGGCUGUUACUAUCAUUGAAACCCCUCCUAUGGUGAUUGUUGGGGUUGUUGGAUAUGUAAAGACACCACGGGGCCUCCGAUCCUUGAACACCGUCUGGGCUCAGCAUCUGAGCGAGGAAGUCAAACGUCGGUUCUACAAACACUGGUGCAAGUCCAAGAAGAAGGCUUUUGUCAAGUACUCAAAGCAAUAUGAAAGUGAAGAUGGGAAGAAGAGCAUCCAGGCUCAGUUGGAAAAGAUGAAGAAAUAUGCAACUGUUAUUAGGGUCUUGGCCCACACUCAGAUUAGGAAAAUGAAGGGAUUGAAGCAGAAGAAGGCACACCUAAUGGAGAUCCAAGUUAAUGGUGGAACUAUUGCCGACAAGGUUGAUUUUGCCUACAAGUUCUUUGAGAAGCAAGUCCCCAUUGAUGAUGUUUUCCAGAAGGAUGAAAUGAUUGAUAUCAUUGGUGUCACAAAGGGUAAAGGUUACGAAGGCGUUGUCACUCGUUGGGGUGUCACACGUCUUCCCCGCAAAACCCACAGAGGUCUGCGUAAGGUUGCUUGUAUUGGUGCCUGGCAUCCUGCUAGAGUCUCCUUUACAGUUUCCAGGGCAGCAGAAUGGAUACCACCAUCCCCCAAUGCCAAACUCAAUGGCAUUACUUCAAAACCGGCCAAUACCGGAGAAUCUGACCCCAACGACGACGAUGCCUCUUCCAAAGACGACCUCCCUCUCCUUGAAUCCGCCGCCGAAGGUAUCCAGGAGCUCGAGAAGAAAUUCGCAGCCUUCGUGCGCAAUGACGUGUACGAUUCAAUGGGAUGUGGAAAGCUGCCAUUGAAAGAGAAACUCCUGCUGGGCAUCGCCCUCGUCACGCUUCUCCCUAUACGUCUCAUUUUGGUAAUGACUAUUUUGGUCGUGUAUUACUUGAUUUGUAGAAUUUUUAUGCUAUUCUCGACCCCGAAUCUGGAGGAUGAGCAGGAAGAUUUUGCACAUUUGGCUGGGUGUAGGCGAGCCGUGAUAGUCCAGUCGGGUCGUUUUUCUAGGUUGCUGCUUUUUACGGUAGGAUUUUAUUGGAUUAAUGAAACUCAUAAGGAUUCAGCAAAUACCCAAGAAAGUUCAAAAACCGAGAGUACUAAACAAUCAGAACAGCAAGAAAGGCCUGGAACUGGCGUGAUGAAUGAUAUUUGGCUUGUUUCUUACAACAAAUGUCUUGGUUGUGUCUAUGUUCAGCGCGAGUCAAAAUCAUCAGACUUUAAAGGUGUUGCAGGCUUUUUCAGGUUACUGCUAACAGCUGGGAAAGUGGCCUCUUUAUCUUAUUUCUUGUUGUAUUUGCAAUAA